GCUAUGGUCCUUGCAGCUUAAGAUGGCGAGCGAAAGUGUUCGGAUGCCUCUCACACGCGGUGAACUUACUGGCCUAGUAUUUCGACUGUCCCUUUUUGGUGCAUUAACGUACUUUGGUAUAAAAUGGAUGGUCAACGCUAUAGACCCGACGCGUAAACAGAAGAUUGAAUCCAAGAAAAGAGCUGAUAGGAUACUGAAAAAGAUUGGCAUACAGAAUGUGAACUUGACAGAAUAUGAGCUGUCAAUUGCAGCCCAGCUAAUUGACCCUCGAGACAUCAGUAUAUCAUGGGAUAGCAUUGCUGGCUUGGAGGAGAUCACACAGGAGCUCAGAGAAACAGUCAUCCUCCCCAUUCAGAAGAGGCACCUCUUCACUGGCUCACAACUGAUCCAGCCACCAAAGGGAGUGCUUCUUCAUGGCCCACCUGGCUGUGGCAAAACCAUGAUUGCAAAAGCAACAGCACGGGAAGCUGGAGCCCGCUUCAUCAAUUUGGAGGUUGCAGCGCUUACCGACAAAUGGUACGGAGAAUCUCAAAAGCUUGCCAGCGCUGUCUUUACAUUGGCAGUGAAGAUCCAACCUUGCAUCGUAUUUAUUGAUGAAAUUGACUCGUUCCUGCGGUCCCGUGAUAGUCAAGACCAUGAGGCAACAGCUAUGAUGAAGGCACAGUUCAUGUGUCUCUGGGACGGCCUCAUCACGGACCCUGACUGCCAGGUGGUGGUAAUGGGUGCCACUAACCGUCCUCAUGAUGUUGACAAGGCGAUCCUACGUCGCAUGCCAGCUAUGUUUCAUGUUGGUUUGCCUAACCAGCAGCAGAGGGCUGGAAUUAUCAAGCUAGUGUUAGAGACAGAAGGGGUGAGCAAGGAUGUGAACAUUACGAAGAUUGCACGCCUCACUGAGGGCUUCUCGGGUAGCGACUUGAGGGAGUUGUGUCGCAAUGCUGCUCUUUACCGGGUUCGAGAUCUCCUGCGAAUUGAAAAGCAUCAGGGAGGGGUACACAAAGAAGUGUCUGAUGAUGAAGAAACAUUCCAUGAUGCACGUCAGUCUGGUGCAAAAGAAGGUUCAGACGAUGAUGAAACAUUUCAUGAUGCAUUGCGGCCUAUCUGCAUGGAGGACUUCACCAAUGCUCUGGCCAAAAUGAAGAACUCAAAAGUGCUUGCCCACCAGCGACACAGUGUCCCGCUAGAGUUGGACUAGGCCUUAUGCAGUCAUCUAAUUCCUGAGGACUGUUGUUGCAUUUGUGUUUAUGACUAUAAUGCCCCACCAGGAGUGGACUGAACAAUGUGAGCUGCUCUUUUAUUAUUAAGCAAUAUAAGAAAUUUAAUAAUGAUCACCUUCACAACAGUUGUCAGACCACCUCUUUGCUGAACAGCUGCACACUUCCAUCCAUUGAAACUCAUUGUUCAUAAGUGAAUCAUUGUUUGCAAAAAUGAAGGCAGUAAAUGCCGACAUUUUAACUGGCAGGUGAUAACCUCAUGCUUACUAAUUGUGGUUGGCAUUCAGGAAGUUAUGCUGUAUGACAUUUGGAUUCGUCAAGGACGGAGGUUUUAUGACAUUUAUUUGCACUUAAAUGUUGUUGCCAGCAGGUGUUGUCUGACAGGACUGUGAACUAAUGUUCAAAGUGAGAUUUGUUUUGUGCUAUUUAAAAAUGUUUUAAAUAUAUGGUAGUUUAUUUCCUACAGUAAGCGGAUUCUGUUAUGCUUGUCAGUCUUCGGUAGAACAUAUUUGCUGCAGCUAGUAGCAGUUACGCAUACACAUGCUCAGAUAUAUAAAUAUGUAUAAAUAUAUAUACUUAUAUGCGUGUGAUAGCAUUUACUUUCAUUGUGCAGGAGCUGUGUAUGUUUUGUCCUGUCAGCUAAUAUGAAUUUGAUAACUCAAAUUUUUUUGUGUGCUUUAAAAUGUAGUACAAUGACUUCUGUGAAUUGAGCUGUGAAUGAAAGUUUAAAUAAAUUAGUGCAUUGACAUUGA